AGUCGGUAGCGCCAUCUUGUCUCGCUCAAGGCGGUCUCUUUGGCAGGAACGGGAGUAAAGAACCGGCGGCCGCCGCCGAGUCUUCCGUGAGCUGACGCGAUGGCUCUUUUCCCUGCUUUUGCGGGCGCUGCUAAACCCGAGGAGACACUAGCGAGCGAGAGCGAGGGCUGCAAAAGAGCAUUGAACUGGCUAACCAACCCAAGCUUCCACAAUGAAGAUGCACUGAGACUACACCAGCAAGCUUUAGAGGUCACAGACCUUGUCUCGGACAAAUCCCCGCUCCAGAGAACAAUCUCCAGCUUAGAGCUACUGGGAGAAAGCGAAGCCAGGGAAAUUGCCCAAAAAUCAGCUAAGAAAAGAAAGAAAAAGAAAAAACAGCGAGACCACAAAAAAGUAAAAAAGAGUAGAAAGCAUCAGAGUACCAGUGAAUCUGAAUCAGAUGCUGAAGAUGUGAAAGAUGACAGAAAUAAUGAAAAGGGGGCAGAACUGAAUUUAGGAGACAAAGCUUCAAAUGCGAGCAGUCACUCCAUUUGGCUAGAUGAUAUUCAGGGUCUGUCAGCAGAUGUAUUCAGAACAGACAAGAAACCAGAUCCUGCCAACUGGCAAUAUAAGUCACUGUAUCUAGGAAACAUUGCAAGAUACAAGAGGAGAAGCAACUUCUGUCUUGGCAUUGAUCUGAAGAGGCAAUAUAUUACUUGGGAGGGUUCAUCAGCAGAGAAAAAGCUGUCCCCCAAGCGGCCUGCGCGCUACUUUUCAAAAGGCGGCCUGAAGCUUUUGAACAUGGACGCCAUUCCCGUCAGUGUGAAAAGUCAAGGCUCUCCGUCUGGCUCAACUGCUUGGAUUCCAAUUUCGUCACAGGACACAGAUGAUGCUCCCGCUGCAAACUGGGCAAAUCCUCUUGGGGUUUAUGACCCCCUGACCACUUUGUGGCUACAAGGAAAGGGGCCCCCUGAGCACAACUCACCAAAGCAGCAGGAUCUCCGAGAGAACUCUGAGAAUGGGAACUCCCUCCUAAUGACAAAAGUGGAGGAAUACAACAGGAAGGUCAGAGAGGACCCUGGGGAUGUCAAAGCAUGGAUGGAUUUUGUUUCUUUUCAGGAUGAAGUCAUGAGAGGCCCCAGUUGUUAUGCCAUCAGUGAGGGAGAACGGGAAACAAGGAAGAUAUCGCUCAAGCUCAUCUUGGAGAAGAAGCUGGCUAUCCUGGAGAGAGCUAUUGAGAGCAACCCAAACAAUGUUGACCUGAAGCUGGCCAGGCUGACGCUUUGCACAGAGUUUUGGGAGCCGUCGGCCGUGAUCAAGGAAUGGCAGAAAUUGGUCUUCUUGCAUCCAAACAACCCAGUUCUGUGGCAGAAGUACCUCUUGUUUUGUCAGAGUCAGUUCAGCACCUUUGUUGUUUCCAAAGUUCAUAGUCUGUAUGGGAAAUGCCUGAGCACUUUGUCAGCGGUGCAAGAUGGCAGUAUGGUGUCACAUCCAGCCCUGCCGGGCACGGAGGAAGCCAUGCUAGCCAUCUUCCUUCAACAAUGCCAUUUCCUUCGGCAGGCAGGCCAUUCAGAAAAAGCGGUGUCUUUGUUCCAGGCUCUGAUUGACUUCACUUUUUUUAGACCAGAUAGUGUAAAGGAUCUGCCAACAAGGGGGCAGGUGGAGUUCUUUGAGCCAUUUUGGGACAGUGGUGAGCCUCGGAUUGGAGAAAAAGGAGCAAAAGGCUGGAAGGCCUGGAUGCAUCAACAAGAAAAGGGUGGCUGGGUUGCCAUCAAUCCACCUGAUGAAGAGGAGGAAGACAUAGAAGAAGAAGAAGAAAUAAAGGAUAAAUCUCUACCCAAGUGGCAAAAUUGGCUUCACAUUGAACGUUCUCGUGAAGGACGGCACUGGUUGCCCUGGCGGCCUGACAAAACCAAGAAGCAGACAUUAGAAGAUUGUGACGAUCCAGAGAGACAGGUCCUGUUUGAUGAUCUUGGUUCAUCGCUAAUAAAAAUUUCCAGCUCAGAUCUUCAGUUUCAACUGCUCUGCUCGUUUUUGCAAUUCUUAGGCGUUCCAUGUGGAUGCAGCCUCCUUCCUACCUUCCUCUACAUAGCAAUGGAUGAGAACAGCAUCUUUGACCAUGGACAGCACGGCCAAAGUCCUCUGACUUCUUUUGCCUUGCCACUUCCUGGAGUCAGUAGAAUCGGUUGUAUGGACCCGAUGCACCAAGCAGGCAGGCAUGUGGGUCACCCUAAGGAAGGGGAGGAAUUUAUACAAAAUUUCUUCCAUAUGAUGUUGCCUCUGUUUUCAGGAAAGGAGAAAUCUAACCUAUCCAACUUUUGGCUUCAGUAUGAAAUCUCUAAGGUUAUUCGGUGUUUGGAAAUGGGCAACAAAAAGAAACUAAAACUGCAAGGCAAAAGAAGCAAAAAAUUAGCCAAGAACCUUCUUAAAGUGCCCGAGAACAGAAAUGAUGUCUCCCUUUGGCAACUCUAUGCCCAUCUGGAGUGGUUAUUGGGGAACGUGGAAGAUGCUAGAAAGGUUUUUGAUAUGUCUCUGAGCACAGCAGGAACAGCUGGAAUCAAAACUCCCCAACUCUGUCAUCUCGGCCUACUUUAUGCUGGACUGGAAGCAGAGUUGCUGGGGAUCCUAGAGGGAACCCUUGAAUCGCGUGCGGUGCACAUAUUAACCAGGCUGGCCGAAAAGGGGCCUUAUGUGCCUUACAGUGGACAAAUAUUAUCUGUGAACAUUUUGAAAGCUCGGAAAACGUACGAGCAUCUUCUCCAAUAUUGUUUAAAUGAGAGUGCUGCCUCGGAUGAAGAACAGAUCUGCAGCUCCAGCCACCUUGCUGGUCUGGUUGGUUGUUACACCCUUUUCCAAUAUUUGACUCUUGGGAUUGACUCUGCAGUGUCAGUACACAGGCAGGUUUUUGAAAAGGUGAAAGGCACAAAGCUUGGCGAAAAGUUUGGCAGUCAGAACUUGGCCACGGCUCUUGAAGCCAUGAUGCUGAUGCACGUGGGUUUGCUCAGAUAUCACAUAAAAAUGAGUGUCUAUCCUUUGAAUCCCCUUCGCGAAGCACUGUUGGACGCUUUGACGAGGUAUCCAAGCAACCAGCCUCUGUGGAGAGCAUAUAUCCAGAUCCAAAGCAAGUCUCACAAUGCUAGCAAGGCACGGCGUUUUUUUGAUGGUGUCGCAAGAGCUACGAAAUCACUGGAGCCUUGGCUGUUUGCAAUCCAAGCUGAGCAGAUGAGGAAAAAGUGCGUUGAAAGUGUCCAGAGGGUAGCUACUGGAGACAUCUAUGCAACAAUCCCUGAAACUGGGUUAACAAAUCGAAUCAAAGCUUUAUUUGAACGUGCAAUCGAGACUGAAAAUGGUGCUCGUUGUCCAUUGCUGUGGAGGCUAUAUAUAUACUUUAUGGUUUCUUUAGGAGAUAAAGAAAAAAGCAAAGGACUGUUUUAUAGAGCACUUCAGAACUGCCCCUGGACAAAAGUGCUAUAUAUGGACGCCAUAGGAUAUUUUCCAGAUGAGCUGCAAGAGAUCCUUGAUCUAAUGGCUGAGAAAGAGUUGAGAGUACGGGUACCAAUUGAAGAGCUGGAGUUGCUGCUUGAAGACUAAAGAAUGACGCAAAGACAGAAAAUCGGCCUUUGCUUUAACAAGCCUUUGGUGAAUGAUUCUACACUUUUUUCAUGGAUGAGAAUCAGUGCUUUUCCUUAUUUUACUGCAGUGCUGGCUGAGUUUGAUGGGGGCCAUAUACAAACAGCUGGAGGACACUUGGUUGGGGAAGGCUGAUCCAAGAACAUCUGUUCCAUAACGUACAAGGAUGGACACAGAGGCACAGCUAUCUUUUCAUCAGUUUUUCAAGUGCUUUUAGUGCUCUUCUGCAGGAAACUCUCAGGACAGGUGACUAGACCUGUGGCUGUGACCAGACAUACAAGAGACGUAGCCAGAUACACACAGUAUAAUGGGCAGUAGCCAAAGGGCAAGCCACUUUCUCCCUGCCGGUUAUGGGUUUCUAGAACAUAUGAGCAGAAUUGUUCUACACUUGUGACAGCUCUCGAUAUGUUAGGCAAUGAAGCCUUAUGUAACCAGAUCUUGCAGUUUAUCACAAUUCACUAAGACAAUGUAAAUACACUUGUAAAAAUAGUUUUAACUAUUUUUGAACUGGACCCUCCUUCCCCCCCCCAAAAAAGGUGCAAAACAUGUGAACUCUGCCUUUAGUGAAUAUUUUUCCUUGUUGCAUCUGUGGAACUUAAUAUUGCAGCACCUGCUCACGCCCGUUCUACCUUCACAGUUAUUUUGGGCCCUCCAAUGAAGAGUAUAUAAAAUUGUUUGGAACUCGCUUCUGCAGUUUGGGCUAUUCACUACUGAAAUAGGGUGGUGUAUUAAGAGUUGCUAACCAUGGUGCACGUUAGUUGGGACAGGAAACAAGUAAAGCCGGGUCAUGCACUCAAGACAUGGUCAGUUGUAAAAGAAAUGAGCUCUGUCUGCUGUCUAAGGGACACUCCUGUUGUCCUGAGGGCAUCUUAGGGCCAUAGGAUUUUGUGGCUCUCUUGCCUCCACUGAUCAACCUGGGGCAGCCCCCUCCCAGCUGGCAUGGCAAGGGUUAGUGCCCCUCCGCCAGUAGUGCUCCAGUAGUAAAGAGGGCAGAAGGGUGAAUCACAGAAUCAUAGAGUUGGAAGGGGCCUGUAAGGCCAUCGAGUCCAACCCCCCUGCUCAAUGCAUGAAUCCAAAUUAAUGGUUGUCCAGCUGCCUCUUGAAUGCCUCCAGUGUUGGAGAGCCCACCACCUCCCUAGGUAAUUGGUUACAUUGUCAUAACAAUCUAACAGUUAGGAAGUUUUUCCUGAUGUUCAGUCGAAAUCUGUUCAGUCAAAAUCUAAGUUGAGCCCAUUAUUCCGUGUCCUGCACUCUGGAACGAUUGAGAAGAGAUCCUGGCCCUCCUCUGUGUGGCAACCUUUCAAAUACAUGGAGAGUGCUAUCAUAUCUCCCCUCAGUCUUCUCCAAGCUAAACAUGUCCAGUUCUUUCAGUCUCCUCAUAGGGCUUUGUUUCCAGUCCCUGAACAUCCUUAUUGCCCUCCUCUGAAUCCGUUCCAGUUUGUCUGCAUCCUUCUUAAAGUGUGGUGUCCAGAACUGGAUGCAUUACUCAAGAUGAGGCCUAACCAGUGUUGAAUAGAGGGGGACCAAUACCUCACACGAUUUGGAAACUAUACUUCUGUUAAUGCAGCCUAAAAUUCUGUUAAUGCAUUCUAUUAAUGCAGCCUUUUUUGCAGCCACAUCACACAGUUGGCUCACAUUCAGCUUAUGAUCAACAACGAUUCCAAGAUCCUUCUUGCAUGUAGUAUUGCUGAGCCAAGUAUCCCCCAUCUUAUAACUGUGCAUUUAGUGGCAGGGGCAAUUUUGGAUUCAGCAGAUCUUCCCCCAGGAUGGAUGGGAAAGUACACCAACAAUGAAGCUGGCAUUCUAAUUACUCAUUCUAAAUUUGAUUGAUGCUUCCAGACUCUCCAGAUGGCUUUUAUAUUUUAAAAUGACCCCACAGCAGCAGCACUGGAUUCAUUUAGGGAUUAUACGUAACCCGCUUAGAGGGUUGUUGUUUUUUUUUACAAUCAGCGGUAUAUAAAUCUUGUUAAAAUAAAGUAAAUAAAAAAGAAUGAUUAGCAAAAAAGGGCUGUUUCUGGUGUAAGGUAGCUCGCUGCAGAUGAGGAAGAUGAGCCAAAUGAGUAGUGUCAGAACUGAUUUAUACAUUUCAGCUGAAUCAAGAGGUAUUAACUGAACUGUACUAGUUCAGGAUGAGAGGGCAAGAGUUGUAUGCAUAUAUGCCUGCCCUUGCAUCAAGCAUAAAAGUGAAGAAUGUAAGUGAACAAACCCCUAAAGACCAAUAUGGCGUUUCCCAUAUGUGUGUUUAAAUGGGAGUGUUGUGGUAUGUACCCUGAAGUGGUACAGUCCAGUAAAAGCUUUUCCACUUGUCUGUUGAACAUACAGGGUUGUAUCCAAUGAAGUUGUCCUGUUUGCGCAAGGAGUGCUCUUAACAGGACUUCCUGCUCCUCCCCCCAAAUCUCCUCUGGAGGGUUGGAGGAACUCCCAGAAGAGAUAUGGGGGUACAUGCAAGGGGAAGAGAGGGAGGGGAAGUUCUGUUGUGCAAGCAGGAGUCCUUGCACAAAUAGGAAACUUAUUCUCUCCCCAAACAAAAAAAAACCCCAAAAGAAUCUUCUGAAAAUAAGUUUGUAAGAAGAAACAGGACAAAUACAGCAAUAGAGCUGGGAGGCAAAUUACCUUAGAACGGUGGUUCCCAACCUUUAUGAGUACGGGACCCCCUUUAUGAGCUCAAAAAUGUUCAUGGCCCCCCCACCCACUAAUUGUAAUUUUAGCCUCUGUUAAUUGAAAAAAAUGGUGCAUGGCAAAAUUGCAUCUUCAAAUAUCCCUUUCCAUAAAAAGCUCCCUGCAGACAGGUUUUGCCUUCUUUUCUUAAUGCAAAGGAUAAUCAAAUAGGAUAUCCCCCUCCCCACACACAUAGUCUAAAGAUGUACAGUCCUGUCUCCCAACACCAGUGGGUUAGUCUUGGACUAAGAUCCAGGUUCAAAUCCCCACCCAGCCACGAAGCCCACUGCGUGACCUUGGGCCAGGCACAGCCUCUCAGCCCGACCUAUCGCAUAGGGUUGGUGUAAGGAUAAAAUGGAUGGGGGGAGGGAACCAUGUACACCACCUUGAGCAACUUGGAGGAAAGGUGGGAUAUAAAUGCAAUAAUAAAUAAUUUCAGCUGCAGUAUAUGGCCCCCAGCCUUAGCCAACUUGCUGUGCUUUUUUAAAAUCAUCAUCAUCCAAAAGCAGCAAAGUGGUAGUGGUGGGGAUGCUAGAUUGUGAAGACAAAAGGGUGGAUAGAUUGAGUAGGGGGGUUAGUGCUUUUAGGCCUUGGGAUGAUCAUCAGACUUGGUUAGCAUACACUUGGGGAAUGAGAGUGGAGCAGAAGACAGAUGAGCGCACGCACACACAAAAACACACCUGCUCCUGCAAGUAUCUGUAGGUGUGCAUGCACUUGGGCACAUGGGAAGGGGGAAGCCCUCAACUGCCGAGAUGUUGGGGAUUGAACAUGGGACCUUCUGAAUGCAAAGCAGAUGCCCUAUCACUGAGCUGCAGCUGUUCCACCUUUUGUAACAAGGCCCAAAAACUUUUUCUGUAUUUAGUGCCACUCAUCACUACAAUGCCAUGGCUAAAGCCUUCAGAUGCUAGUGGAGUCAUGUGAUAUUCCUGUAUUAAUGUAUAUAUGGUAAGUGCUGUUUGUAUAGAAGAUAUGUGGUAAGUGGAAUGAAAGAGGAGGGGGGAGUAAAUGAGCAGUAGAAUGCUGGAUGAUUGGCUGAGUGUUUGGAUGGCUGAGAGUAUAAAUGGAAGGAUGACCGUUGAAUCUGGGUGGACGUGAGUGGGUUGUUUUGGUGGAGUUUGGAGGUGGGUGUGAGUUGGUGUAUGUCAGGAGAGUGCGGAGAAAGAGGGAGGUGGAGUUCGGAUUAGUAAUAAGUCAAAUAUCACAGUAAUAGAUGAAACCAUAAGCUUGUAGAUCAUUAUCAAAGUUACCUUGUUAUUAAUGU